AGUCAGUGGUAACUCCUCCUAUGAGAGAACUUUAUUCCCUGUCUUAUAUAGCUUCUAAAAUCAAAAAAGGCUGCGUGAAAAUUUACCAAAUUUAUAAUUAUUGUCACUUUCUCUCUUUUUUUUAAUCACAGAGGAGCUGUGGAGGAGCUGACAGAAUGAACAUCCUCCUCAUCUCCUCACUGCUGGGUGUUUCAGGUGCAGCUGCAUUUGUUCUCCAAGUUGCUACAUCCAAAGAGACUCUGAAGGUCAGUGUGUCCGUGUGGCCUCCAGGGUCAAACAUCUACCUCGAUGGUCCCAUCAUCCUGAAGACUCCUGCCUCUCCUGUAUUUGAGGGCGAUAAAGUGGUCUUGUAUUGUCAGUACUGGAGCGGCAAUCACAGUAAAACAACCUUCUUUAAAAACGGAGCAGAAAUGGUCAAUUCCAGCUCCUCCACUUCAGACAGAGUGAUGAAGAUGACUAUUGAGAAUGUGACACAGGAAGACGAAGGCUUCUACAAGUGUGCGUCUCAGGACGGAAAGAUGGAGAGUCCAGAGAGCUGGUUAUCAGUGAGACCUGAUCCAGGCAACUUCACAUCAACUGAUGGGACAGCAGCCUCCACUAACGGCUCCUGGACGUGGAUCAUUGUUUCAUGUGGGAUUGUACUUCUCUUACUCAUUCCUCUAACUAUUUGGCUAGUUCGUCACUACAGGUGUUGGCCGUUUUCCAAAGAGGAUCUUCCAGAAGUGGAGCUUCCUGCAACCAAGCUGGACGUGACAGAAGUGCAGUGGGACCUGUCCUGGAUGGAGAUGUCCAAUCUGUUGGAUAAGCAGUUAUAUCCUGGCCCUUAAAGGACCACUCUCACCUGAGGAAGCAUUUAGAAAACAGUAAAUGAGCUAGUUCAGGCAGCGCUGCUUCCAACACGACGUAAGAACAAUUUACGAACAAGAACCCUUACUUGGCCUAUUGCUUUUUUAAAAUGUAUGUCAAUGACCUGUCCUCGGUUUGUAAAGAUCUCUAUGUUUCGUAUAGUUUCACACAAUUACACACUACAAAUGUAAUUCUUACAAAAUGUAAACACAGAAUUGGUGCAAAUCUUUAAAUAGUUUCUGAUGAACAAAUUUAACCUUAAAAAGCUUCAUAAUAUGAUGAACCAAUCAAAAUAGAAAGAGUAUUCAACACAGCUGUUUAAUAAUUUCCGAUAAAAACAAGAAGUACCCUAAAGAUUCAGCACAGAUAUUUAUAAAUAAUCUUAAAAUUAAGUUUAUUUUACAGGUUUAGCUUUUUAGAUGGAAAAUCUUACUGGGAAAAUCCACAAAAUAUUUGUAAAAAAAACCCCUUAAUGAACAGUUGGAAUAUUGAGGGAAGUUUGUUAGCUGACCUACCGUACUUGUUAUUAACUGUUUUACCUUUUAAUUUAUCCAAUAUAUUAAAGCUGAAGUAGGCAGAUUGGAGCAAAUAUGAUUAAAAAAAGUUAUUUUUAUAAAACGCUAUAUCGUGACAGUAGAACAUGAAACAGGUAACCUGA